UUUGUCUUGUUUCAAGUGAGCAAAGAAACUAGACCAAAAUUGUUGAAGAAAUGUUGUGUUUUUUCAGUGUAAGGUUUAGGUUUUAAAAGUCCAAAACUGACGUUCUUUACCAUCAAAACGUUACGCAUGUCUGGAAUAAACACAACAACUUCUCUCCAAUAAGGGAGAAUUUACAAACAAAAUAAAUUCAGCCUUACAGUUAAAUACUCACUAAGCUAGCAACACUCAACUAAACUACUGGAAAAAAGGGGAAAACACGAUGAAAACUAAGCUAAAAUAAAAUAUAAAAGUCAGAAUAGAACCAAUAAAAUGAAACAAUGAUGUCACAGUUCAUCAGUUUGGUGUCGGUGAAGCUGAGCUUCUUUUCUGGCUCUGGACGCUAACCUGAGAAAAUGUCACUUUUGGGGAACCUAUAAUUCAAAGUUUCCUUCUGCAGAGUUACGAAUAAGAAAAUCUGAAUUUUUGUCCCUUUGACAGGAAACAGAGUGACUAGAUGCACAAAACAUAAACUAUGUGGUUCAGUUCUUCAUGGCUGGAAGCAAAUAUUAAAGAUCAAAGCCAAUAAAAGGAUUUCCUAAUAAAUAUGAACACCAGCUCUCUUUUAUAACCUCUACACCAUUAAAACCUAAAGGUUCAAUUUUUGGAUUUUACAAAAUCCAAAAAGAACAUUUCCUCUACAAACACAGUUUCUAUAGUUGCAGCCUGUAGCUUUAACUAUUUUUAGGCCCUGAUUCUUUACCUUGCAUUUUGAACGUAAGGCUCCAGCUUAGAGGUUCAGUAUCCAACAAGUGCAACCAUAAACUUCGACAUGUAAUGAGAUUUAAUGUGCAUUCUGACUAAAAAUGCAAAAAGACAAAGACACAAAGCUUUAUUUCCUCACCAGAGGAAACCCAAACACUAUGGGUGUUAUAGCCAGGGACUUUCAAGAUCACAGCAUGUUUCUUAAUUUCUGUUUAAACAAUUGGAUCAUUUAUUAUAAAAACAAAUGCACCACAAAAUUAAUGACUGACUUGGGAAAUUUUGAAAAACUUCCCCUAACUUAAGUUUUGUAUUCAUUAACUAUGACUUUGGUACAAACUCUGACAAGGAAGCAGAUUAGAAGUGAAGUUUGAUGUUGACUUUCAGAAUGAAUUAGUCACCAAUUUUAAAUUUCAUAACUGUUUUUCAUACAUGGUUUCUAUUAAGAAUAUAAUUUUCCCCUUUUGCUUUAUUAAACAUCAGGUAAAUAUUAUGUCUGUCAUGUGACCAGUACCACUUUCACCCCACCCAUUCACCCACCAGUUUGAAUAUAUUUCCUGUUCUUCCACCCCACUCUGCUGUCUGUUCAGCUCCCAGCCUCUGGAAAGAUGUCUGUGACUGUGAGCAAAGCCGAUGGAGCCACUGUCCUCACGGUGGUCUCUGACCCAAACGGUCACUUGCCUCCUCUGUGUCAGAUCCUGAAGGCCCUUUGCCACAGCCUGGCGGGCUGUUCGGUGCCCCCACACCUGAAACGGGUUCGGAGAGCCUCCCUGUUGGUACUUGGGACUUUGCACAUCAUGAUUGGGCUGCUCAGUUUUAGCCUGGGAAUCAUCCUCCAUUUCAGUGAAUCCUGCUGUGGGCUAAUAGACGUCACCAGCUUCCCUUAUUGGUCGGGAAUUCUGUUUGUCAUAUUUGGCAUCAUUUGCAUUCUGUGUGAGAAGAAGCCAUGUCUGUAUCUGAUUCUUCCCAAUGUGUUUCUGAACUUUGUUGGGAUCUUUGGAGCCGCUGGAGCCAUUUUCUUCUACAUCAUCAAUAUGACUGAUCCUCAUGGUGUCUGUGGAAGUGUUUAUGGUUCAUUUGGCAAAAAUGAAAGCUCAGUCACGGUCCUUUCCGUAGGCGUCAACGGCGUGUUGGUCGGUCUGUCGGCCCUGGAGCUCUGCGUCGCCAUCAGCGCUCUAGUUUCGGCAAUAAAAGUCCUGAAAAGCUUCAAAAGAAACGAAAACCUGAGCUCCAGUGAACCAGAACAGACGACCAACCCAGAAAUCACAGAAGUUCCCUAUGAAAUUUGCAUCAUUUCUACAAGAAGAAGAAGCUGCUGUGGGAACAUGUUUCCAUCUCCGUGUCGGAUCCUGAAGGCGCUCUGCUGCCACUGCCUGAAGAAGCUGGGAGUGCAGACCUGCUGGGCUGCAGCUGCCGGGACUGUUCAGAUCAUGGUGGGUGUGCUUAAUAUCGGCCUCGGACCGGGAAGAACAAGCACUCGUCUGGGGGAUUUCACCAGCCUGGGAGCUGCUUACUGGUUGGGCGCUGUGUUUGUCGUAACAGGAAUCAUGACUGUUUUAGCGGGUCGGUUCCCUUCCUCCUGCUUGGUGGGCUUCACUGUGUUCCUGAACAUUGUUGGUGCGAUCUUCUCCAUCACUGGCAUCGUGUUUUACGCUAUCGACCUGAACAACUCCUCUCUGCUCUGGGUUUGUGACCGCUCUGGUUCUGAUCCCGAUCGCUAUGACGACAGCUGCAGAAACAUGGCUGCCUUCGAUCAGAACUUACUGACGUCUCUGGACAAAGUCUUGAUUCUCCUGGCUGUUCUGCUGUUGGUUGUCAGUAUUUCUUUUGCUGCUCUUGGCAUCGGGUUCCUGACUGGUGAGAUGAAGGAGGAAGAGCAGGUUGACAGCUUUUCUAAAGAAGACUUGAAGGAAAUCCUUCUCAUCAGUCCUGGGGCUUGAAACCAUCGAUACUUCAGCAGGCGGCGCUGCAAAGCAAUCCAAAACUCAGUGCUACAAAUAAGUUCCUCAGAGUCUUGAUGCCGAGGACGACGGCACUGAUGACGGCGCAGAGCUCCAUGAUGGACAGAACGAUCAGCACAACAUUCAUGCCUAUCAGGAGCACCUGAUCGGACCACAAAACAUUCUCACAACGGCUUCGUGUUGUUUAGUGGACUGCUGCUUUAUGAAUAUUUGUUUCCAAAUAUCACCUAAAUAUGUCCUGUAGUCUUAGUAAUUGGUUACCAACAGGUUAUCCUGACAGCCUGUUAGGGUCAGCCUGAAAGACAUCAGCUGAGUUUCCAUUACAAAUGUCGAUAUUCCACUAAUGUCAAAACAAACACAAUUUUGCAAUUGCAGUAUUUCCAUUAAAUAAGAAACAAAAUUGAAAUGACGUGAAUAAAUUAGUUCACACGAUAAAUCAUUAAAAACAUGCGCACCAUCGUCUUCCAACUACUUCGUGUUGUCAUCUUUGGUUGGUUCUGGUAGUAACAUCCAGCUGUUGAUAAUGUGACUCAUGUGACGUAACAACCUUUUUGUGCGAGGAUUGCUUUUUCAGCCUCAUCGAAAUUUAUUUAUUUUGCAAAACCGAAUUGGAAACUUUUUUUUUUUGCGUCACACAGCGCCAACAUCCAGGUUCUUGGUUUCGCGUGAACAAACUUAUUCGUAAACGAAGUCGUGAUACGUAGAUGCUGUAGAGCACGAUGGCUGCUAUGGCGAAACCAACUCCGGCCAGGUUCAGGAUCACAUUCAGGAUGA